UGUUCCAUCGUCACGUCCUGAAUUACAUUUCCUGUUAAACAUGGCGGCGACCUUGUGUGGAAACUUAUUACCGAAACCGGGAUGGCUGCCUCUGAUACAGAGUGUUCGGCAUGGGUCCAAGGCUGUGACCCGACACAGGAAACCUGUUCACAUCCUUAAACAGAAGCUUCUGGCCGUCACACAGUACGUUCCUCCUCCACGGGGACCUCCUCCAGGCGCCUACCCCUCUCAAAGAAAACAAGCCCAGAAGCAGGAGAGUGGGUUUGUGAUACUCCUGAAGAAGGAGGUGAAGAAGGUUUUCCAGGACAAUAAAAUGAUUGCUGUGGUCCAGAACAACAACAGCAGUUUUGAGGACAUGCUCAUUCUCAAACAUAGGCUUCAUAGACAUGGCAUCUUUGUCAAGUUCUUCCCUAACCAGGUGAUGCGGUCAUUCCUUAGUGACUCUAUUUACUCCAACAUGGCCCCUCUGUUCAUCGGUUCAACAGUUCUGUUUGUCAGUAAAGUCCCGAAGGUGAAGGAGAUGCUGUCGACUCUAAGGGCCAGUCCACAGAUGAUUCUCUUAGGAGCCUGCAUAGACAACACAUUGCUGAGCACACAGGGCAUUGUGAGCUACUCCAAACUGCCAUCACUGACUGUUGUGCAGGGCGAGCUGGUUAGUGGGCUGACGAUGAUGAUCUCCCACACAGCCUCCAUGCUGCAGCAUCACCCGGCCCACCUGUCCGCCCUGCUGCAGCAGUACAUCAAACAGCAGAGUCCAGACGAUGGCACACAGGCAUCUCCUAAUGGAGAGACCACUAAAUAGUCAGAAGAAACAGACUGUCACAUGGCAAAUGGGACUUCAGAUGAGCUGGAUGCACAGUUCAGUUUAAUAUGUAUCUUAAAUUGAUGUCAAGCUAAAUCGCAGUGUGGAUCUGCAAUCCGUGCACCUCAUCUUUAUGGUGGAAUUGGCGAACAAUGCAGCAGAAAUGUCUGUUCCACUCAUUAUUUAAAGCUAUUGUUGUAUACUAAUAACUUACAUCAAGUCAGUCUGUUCAGGCUCCCCAAAAUCUGUUAAUUAAAUUUUUUUUUUAUAUGUUAUCAGUUUCUUUUGGUUAUGACAGGCUUCCUGAGCUGUAAUAUUGCUAAUGCAAUAUUAAACAUGCAUGAAAACACUGA